AUGUCGUCUGGCCACAGCCAUGGUGGUGAGGAGCCAGUGAAGCUUGAGCUACCGGCCGAUGAUUGGAAGUCCGUGUCACUGCUUUCAGGGGCCUGGGCCGCAGCCUUCGCCAAUUUUGCUUCCAAUGUAGCCACACUCACACUGGCAGUCGCUACAACAGCUCCCGCUGUGGAGCUGCAGACAUUGCCUCUUGGCCUUCUGCUGGUGAUGCAAGCCGCUGGGAACAUGGCCCUUCCGGCAAAGGUGCGGUAUUUGGGCCGGAAGAACAUGUACCUGACUGGUGCGGGGGUCGGGCUCCUGAGCUGUGGGACCCUGGCCUUGGGCUCCGGGCUCCAAAACUUCGGCCUUCAGUGCCUGGGUGCCUGCCUUUCAGGCUACAGCUUCGCGUAUGCCGAGAACUAUCGCUUUGGUGCCAUCCAGGCUAUGCCCUCUAACCCACCUCGUGCCAUCAGCUUGGUGCUCUUCGGUGGCGUUGUCGGGGCCUUGCUGGGCUCUGGUGCUAUUUCACAGGCCCGGGACUUGCUGCCUGUCCCCUUCAUUGGCAUCUACCUCUGCGGUGCGCUUCUAAAUCUGCUGGCUGUGCUGUCCCUGAGCUUCAUAGAGCUCCGUGGAACAACGGCGCAGCCAAAGGCUGCUACGAGGGUCCAACCCCGGCCGCUCACAGAAAUACUGCUGCAGCCUCAGUGCGCGGCCGCCGUAGUGACGAUAGUGGCCUCCUACAGCAUCAUGCUGGUGCUCAUGGCACCAACUCCGGCUGUCAUGAAGAGCUACUCUCAUUCCUUCACGGCAUCCACAUUGACCAUGAUGGGACACAUGUUCUGCAUGUUUGCGCCCUCGCCUCUGACUGGCAUAGCCAUGGGAAGGGUGGGACCCACACCAGUGAUUCUGGCCGGACUUGUUUGUGCCGUGCUCACCGCUUGCGUGCUCUAUCUCGGUGCAGGCCUCUCGUCUUUCGUCGUCGGCAUGGCAUCGCUGGGAAUUGCAUGGAACUUCAUGUACCUUGGAGGUUCGGCGCUGCUGACGAAGAUGCACACCGUGGCUGAGGGCCCCAAGGUACAGGCAUUGACGGAUUGUUUUGGCAGCAUGGGCGCGGCCAUGUUCACUCUUCUUUCCAUGCCGAUUGUGGCCAGCUUAGGCUGGAUCCCUACACAGCUCUUGAGUUUGAGUAUGACUGGGGUGACCGCUAUUCUUCUCGCUACUUUCUGGGCGCUUGACAGACGACAAGCAGCAACCGACGGAUUUACCAAUUCAUGCACGUAG